AUGGGAUUCAUAAAAAUGUUUCCCGGUUUAAUUGGAAAACAAAUAGAUAGUGCUUUAAAAAAUCAAAAUUUAAAAGAAGAAAAGGAAAGAAAAGAAUAUGAACUAUUAAAAGGACAAACCAUUGUAUCUGAUGAAGAGUACAAUAGUAAUGUAAAGAGAUUAGAAGAAUUAAAAAAGAGACGUGAAGAAAUUUUAAAAAAACCAUCAUAUGGUGCUUGGGCUGCAGUUUUAAACUCAACAGCACCAAUCGAUAAUGAAAUUAAAGAGGUUCAAGAUAAAAUUUUUAAAUCAACACCUAAAUCCAAAGAGCAUUUAGUUCAAAAACCAAUUAAUGAAAACUACUAUAAUGAUGUCAAUGAAUUAAAACGUUUGGAAGAAAAAAAGAAAGAACUGGUUAAGCCAGAGACAAAUUAUUUUUUACCAGUUAUUAUUGGUAAUGCGGGUUCUACUUUAAUUGAUGAUGAUAUCAAAGCUGUUAAAGAAAGAAUAGAAAGAACAAGACCUCCACCAUUUCAGUUAGAGAAACAAGAAAUUGAAAAAUUGAAUCAAGAACUCAAAACUUUAAAAGAUAAUAAGGCAUAUUUAGAAAAAGAACUUACUAUGACCUUUAGAGAAGAUCAACAGGAUAAAAUCGAAGAUCAAAUUGAACUUAUAAAUAAAAAAAUUACACAAAAAGAAUCAAGACUUAAUGAAGUUUCAAAAACUUUAAAACCAAAAGAAGAACAAAGUUUAAAUUUGGAAAAAGUUGGUAAAACAAGUGGUCGUUUUGUAGAUCAAGCUAUUCCAACUUUAUUGGGUACCAAAAUAGAUCAAAAUAGUAAACCCCAAAUAUUUGAAAUAAUGGGUAAAGGGAGUGGCAAAUUGGCAGAUAAGGGUGUCUCUGUGGUUGGAAAAGCAAUAGGUAUUACCCCAAAAAGUUCACAAAAUAAUGAAGAUUACAAUCCGCAUAAAAUGUACUUGAGUGAAGAUGAUACCAAGCAAUCUAUCCAAGUUGAACCAGAAAAGAAAUUAAAUAUUACUGAAAAUGAUAACAAUCCAAUUGUUGAUAAAAAUAAUGAAAAUAACCAACAAAACGAAGUCCCAGCAAAUGAAAAAAAACAUAUAGAAAAUAAUCUUUUAGAUCAAUAUAAUGAAAAUCUGGAACAAAAUGAAAAUGACAACUAUGAAAGUCAAGGUGAACAACAAAAAGAAUUUGAAAGUGGUCAAAAUGAAAGUAAUUAUAAUGAUAAAAAAAAAGAUUAUGAUCAAGAUGGUAAUAAUGGUGAUCAAAAUCAACAACAACAAGACGAUUAUGAUGAAGCUAAUGAUUUAAAUGAAAACAAUGGUGGUCAAUAUCAACAACAACAAGACGAUUAUGAUGAAACUAAUAAUAAUGGGUAUCAAAAUGAACAACUACAAAACGAUGAUAUUGAAGGUGGUCAAAAUGAAGAACAGAAUAACUUUGAUGUUGGUAAUAAUGAUGAUGGUAAAGAUGAACAAAAUGAAUUUGAUGAAGGUGAUAAUGUAAAUAAUCAACAUGAACAAUUACAAAAUAACAAUGAUGAUGAUCAAGAUGGUGAUAAUGAUUCUCAAUAUCAACAACAUGACAAUGACGAUGAAGAUGAUAAUAAUGGUGAUCAAGAUCAACAACAACAAGACAAUUAUGAUGAAGCGAAUAAUAAUGGGUAUCAAGAUGAACAACCACAAAAUGAUGAUAUUGAAGGUGGUCAAAAUGAAGAACAGAAUAACUUUGAUGUUGGUAAUAAUGAUGAUGGUCAAGAUGAACAAAAUGAAUAUGAUGAAGGUGAUAAUGUAAAUAAUCAAGAUGAACAACAAAAUGACUAUUAUGAAGGUAAUAAUGGUGAAGAUGAACAACAACAAAAUAGCUAUGAUGAAGGUGGUAAUGAUGGUGAACAAGAUGAACAACAAAAUGACUAUGACGAAGGUAAUAAUGGCCAGGAUGAAAAAAAUGAAUUUGAUGAAGGAGAAGAUGGUCUGGAUGAACAAUCACAAAACAAUAAUGAUGAUGAUCAAGAUGGUAAUAAUGAUUCUCAAUAUCAACAACAUGACAAUGACUAUGAAGAUGAUAAUAAUGGUGAUCAAAAUCAACAACAACAAGACGAUUAUGAUGAAGCGGAUAAUAAUGGGUAUCAAGACGAACAACUGCAAAAUGAUGAUAUUGAAGGUGGUCAAAAUGAAGAACAAAACGAAUUUGAUGUUGGUGAAAAUGAUGGUGGUCAAAAUGAAGAACAAAACGAAUUUGAUGUUGGUGAAAAUGAUGGUGGUCAAUAUGAAGAACAAAACGAAUUUGAAGGUGAUAAUGACGAACAACAAGAAGACGAAGGUAAUAAUAAUGGUCAAGAUGAACAACUACAAAAUGACAAUAUUAAAGGUGAUUAUGAAGAUGGUCAAGAUGAACAAAAUGAAUUUGAUGAAGGUAAUAAUGUAAAUAAUCAAGAUGAACAACAACAAAAUGACUAUGAUGAAGGUAAUAAUGGUGAAAAUGAACAACAACAAAAUGAAUAUGAUGAAGAUGGUAAUGAUGGUGAACAAGAUGAACAACAAAAUGACUAUGACGAAGGUAAUAAUGGCCAAGAUGAACAAAACGAAUUUGAUAAUGUAAAUAAUCAAGAUGAACAACCACAAAAUGACUAUUAUGAAGGUAAUAAUGGUGAAGAUGAACAACAACAAAAUAGCUAUGAUGAAGGUGGUAAUGAUGGUGGUCAAGAUGAACAACAAAAUGACAAUGAAGGGGAUUAUGGAGGUGAUCAGAAUGAACAACAACAACAACAAGAUGACUAUGAUGAAGGUGAUAAUAACGGUGGUCAAGAUGAACAACAAAAUAACAAUGAAGGUGAUUAUGGAAGUAGUCAAGAAGAUUAUGGAAAUAAUAAUAAUGAUGAAGAUUAG